CCUCUCCAUAUUCUAUUUCUAGCACCAACAAGGGUUGUGCCCAUCUACACAAACACCCACUCCCAUCAACAGACUUAUUGUAUACAUUGCCCGCUCACGACCCGUGCAAGCCUCAAAAUAUUCACCAAACUCCUUCACUUCUGUUCUUCCUUUUGCAUGUUGACCAUCAUCAUACCAUCAUUCGGCAUAAUUUCUGCGCUUCAUAAUCUGCGCGCCCGCCUCCAACCACCACCGUUUUAGUUGGACAUCGAUCAUCACAUCACGCCACAAAUGGACGCAGAUAAAAGACUCACCAAAGCCUUAGAGGCCGCAAACGAUGCUCUCCAACACCUAUCCAUGGCACCCGAUUAUACUGUCCUGGACUGCACACAUCUCGAUCGAUUGCUUGCAAGAGUAGUAGAUCUACCAACCGAGGGCAACCAAAGAAACAGCAGACGCAAUCUACUUGUCGUGCGGCAUUGGAUGGUAACAGAGGGUCCCGGCGUGGUUCUUCUCGAAGUGCUUGGGCAGCUCUACUGGCGCCUAGGCGAGCUCAACGCGAAGCAGUUCGAAAAGUUCAAAGCUGCACUGCAGAUGAGACAAGAGUAUCUCGCCUUGAUCCAAGAUGCAACCGCCGUCACCCUCAUAAUCCAGCGAAUAAGAUACAUCCAGCGAUCAAAAGCAGAUGCAUGCCAGGACUUCCUUUGCGAGUUGACCGACAUGACCGAUAUGAAAGGAUUGAAAGUCGAGACAUCGAGCCCCGAGAUGGAGGCUAUAAGAGCCCGGUCUGGUAGCCCAUUUACUCCAUCCACAUCAGUGCAUUCAUUCGAAAGUGGUUAUUCUCCAGAAACCGCCUAUACCGGGUUGAUAAAGCACGUUCCCAACAGCAAGCUCUUUGGAGAUAACAUCGAGCAGCUCUUACUAGAGUUCUACGCCACUGGUGUUUGCCCAGGUCGCACGGUGGCAACACAAUCCAACACCUACACAGCUCUCAUCAAAGUUGCAAACUCUUGCGAAAGCACGCGCUUUGCACUUCUAAGCCUCAGUGCUUCUUACAUUCGCGAAUACCUCCCCUCGAAGAAAGAUGUCUUCCAUCAGGCUGAGCUCUAUUAUUCGACACAAGCUUUACAAUCCUUAUUCCAACAGAUCAAUGAAGGCAAGGACUACGAUGCUGCACUUGCCACAUCCAUGCUUCUCAUGCACCAUGCUGUCAUCAACAAGCCUGACGAAUACAGCCUAUGCUGGUCUUGCCACGCCAACAUAUUCGAUGCUAUCCCACCCGAGUUCGUAAAUCAAACAUCCGAUCCUGCUCAAUUUAUGCGAACCCAGCUCGUUCUGGCACGAACCGCCCAGUCUUCUUUCACCCUGCAGUCUUCCCACUUGUAUUCGCUGGAAACCAGGAGCUGGUUUGAGAGUAUCCCAGCCGCAGAGACAUCGAAGAUUUGCAGCAUCACUGGACUUUCACCUGAACUCCUCUUCAUAAUAUCAUCUAUCAACUCUAUGGCUACGGAAAAUCAUCCAAACAAACUUGUCCAUGGUCAAAUGCUGGACAGCAAGCUUCAAAACCUUCGACAGUGGUCACCAGAGACACUAGUUGAUGCACAGGACAUCAUCAUGGCUACUGGAGAAGCUUUCCGACUGGCUACUGCGAUAUAUCUCCGAUGUCGUCUCUAUGGCUUCACCCGCUUCAAUCCCGCCAUCAUGGAACUCAACGACACACUCAACGCAGUACUAUUUUCCCUUCCAGUCAAAGGCAGUCUAUUCACCGCCAUCUACCCAGUUUGGCCAAUUUUCAUCGCCUCCGUGACCGCAAACCCAGACAAGCGCGAACGUCUCUUCCAACGCGUCGUUCCUGUUCGGGAAGGUGACAAGAACUCACUUGCUUCUGUUCUAGAGCGCAUUUCCGGCCUGCGCAUAUGGCUUGCGACCCAAGACGCGACACAAACUCGACGUGAUGGCUGGUGGGACGAAAUGCUGCAACCGAAUAGCAGCGCCACAUUGCUUCCUACAAACCACCUUCUAUGUCUAGGUUGA